AUGAUUCACCAAACACCUCGCCGUAUCCUCCGUUUCCAGCCAGGAGCAGGCAGCCAGCCUGAGGAUGCUCCGAGAUGUCUGGCAAUCACAUCGCCGCCUAACACGGAUUCUCUAGACACCGGAGUUCUAGAUCACUCGACUACGACCACUUUCACUUUGUCGUCCAGUGCCAAUUCGUCAACCGCCGUCGACACUUUGCCGUCGAACACUUAUUUGCCUGCUACUAUUGAUACUAUAUCGUCAGUUACUCAUACAACAGCGGCUCAUGACAUGCCGCUUACUACUACUACGCCUGUAUUACUGCCUGAUACGUCCCCCAUUACUUAUAUGCCACUUGUGACCGGCAUUACGUCGUCUGACAUGUCACUGGCCACUGGUGCAUCGGACAAUAUGUACACCAGAUCCAUAACGACCGAUUAUUCGCCUUUUAUGUGCACGUCAGCCAAUACGUGCAUUCCACCGCCCUAUAGUCACACGUCUCCAGUACUGCCUGCGCCAAUGCCCGUCGCUUAUAAGCCAGCCGCGCCGAGCAUUAUGGCACUUUAUGGUUAUGCUCCUGCAACAUCCGCCCCAUUCAAUACCCAUGCGCUAAUAGAGGCAACCUACAUAUCAGCCAGCACAAACUUUCCGCCGCGCGAUAGUCACACGCCUGCAGUACCACCUGGCCCGCCGGCUACAAUGUAUAUGCCAGUUCCACCUAGUGCUGCGAUGUCUUAUGGUCAGGGUGCAGCCGCCAUGUUCGUACCCUCAAAUACUCACGCUCCAAUGGAGCCGCCUGUCAUGUCUUGUAGUUAUAUUCCAGCAGUACCGCCUGGUCCUCCGCGCUAUGUGUAUAUGCCAGCCGCGUCUUGCAAUACAGCACUUUAUGGUCAUGAUCCAGCUGCUACCUUUGUAUCUUCCAAUACUCACACGCAAAUAUUUUCGCCAGUUGCACCAUCUAGAACAGUAAUGCCGUCAGGUCCGCCACCUACUGCCUAUAUCACGGAUGUGUCCGGCGGUUCGCCAGCCAUAAAGCCCUAUCCGCCGUCCAGUAUACCGGCACCAACGGCAGUACCCGCUGUACCGCCAAUAACUUGUUAG